AUGGAUACGUUCUAUUGCGGGAACAGAAUUUCUUCCAGCCAUGUGGCCGACAAGAUCAUGUCCACCUACGAUGAUGAAGACGAGUGCGAGAACGAGAGGAGAGGGUCCGUUCAUGGAAUGGGCGACGAGGAAUUGAUCGAGCUGCUGGACAAAAUGGUCAUGGACGAGAAGGCCAGGGAAAGCUCCUCGAACCUCUUCACUGACGCCAUAUACGAGGUUGCUGCAGACAUCUCCAUGAUCGUCUGCGAGAAAGUUCCAGCGGAGUACCAGACCGACAGGUACUACUUCCUGGACAUGGAGCAACACCUCGUCUACUUCCCAUACGCGUACGACUUCGGUCCUGUGAACCUCAGCGUGAUAGCUCGAUUCUGCAAGCACCUCACCGAGGUCCUGCAAGAGCAUCCUGACAAGAUCGUGGUCCUUCGCUCCCCCCCCGACAGGCACUCCAGCACCAACACCACGUUCUUGCUCGGUUGCUUCCUGGUGCUCGAGCGCGAGCAUGAGAGCGACGGGUUGACGAUGCCGCACUUCAAGCUGCCUGCAAGUCACAUCAAGUCCUUCCGUGAUGCCUCCUUCCUCCAAACUAAGUUCGAGCUGACGCUACGGGACGUGUGGCAGGGCCUUGAGAAGGCUCAGAGACAAGGAUGGAUUAGCCCCGACAGCUUCGACCUGGAGGAGUACGAGCACUACGACGACCCGCACAACGGCGACAUGCACGUCAUCAUCCCAAAGAAGCUUGUUGCCCUGAAGGGGCCGGUGGACAAGCUUGCAAACGAUGCGGACUGGCAGGACGAAGGAUCAGUACGAUUGAGACGGUUCAAGGAGAUGGGGGUCAAGUGCAUUAUUCGUCUCAACGAGGAGAAGUACGACCCGAUCAUCUUCACGGACAACGGGAUCGAGGUGGUGGACCUCUACUUCGAAGACUGUCCUGUCCCUCCUUCUCAGAUCGUCUUCCGCUUCAUCAAGAUGGUCGAGAGCACGGAUGGGAUGGUGGCUGUGCACUGCGACACGGGGCUGGGACGCACUGGGACGCUGAUCGCAAGGGGAAGCCCAUUGGAUGGAUCCGUGUAG